GGGGGGGAGGGGCUUGGGUUUCCUCCCAACGCGCCGGGUCCAUGUACGCAUGGACCGCGGGCGGCAAGGUCUGCGCUGCCUGGCUUUCGCUGCGGCGCUCUGCCUCGCGUACAUCGCCGGGUACCUCCAAGGGGGCGCCCUUUGUCCACAGCUUGCGACCUGGGCCAGAAGUCCGCAGGACUUGGCUGAGACCUCGGCGAUUCCUCUGGCGAGGGAGGAGGAAUCCGUUCAGAGCGAUGACGUCGCGCCCGUGGACGAUUCGCCAGGCACCACGCAGCCCCCGAUGCCCAUCGAUGACAAGCCGAUGCGCUCGGGCAAGGGAUGCAGCCAGUACGAAGGCGUCAGCUUCCCGCUGGAUGGCUGGCCCGAGGAGGUGCGGGCCAAAGAGGGCGUCAGCAUCUAUGGUACUGGCUGGGCGCAGCGACGGCUCAGGGAGCACCAGUUCCCCGGCAGCUGCGCCGGCAAGAGCUUCGUGGAGCACGGGAUGUUCCGCUCGGGCAUCGGCUCCAACUUCCACAUCUCAGCGGCGGUGCUGGCGAUGGCGUUGAACGAGGGUAGCAUCUACUUGUGGCCGGAGGACGACACGGAGAACCCCUGGACCCACGGCGACAAGAAGAGCCUGGUGGACUGCCCUGGAGGAAAAGCGGUGAGCAGCUACCAGUGCUACCUGAAGCCUCCGAGCAGCUGCAAAGGCAGCGGAGGCUCAAGGUUCACGGGGGUGAAGCGAGAGCGGGGGAAGCUUGAGCUCAAAAGCACAGAGCUGAUCCCCAGGAUGUUCAAAGAGCUCCUGAAGUGUUCCGGGUACCAUUCCAGGUACUGGGUCAAAUGGUGGCGUGCACAGGCGGUGGCCUUCCUGCUGCGACCCUCGGACGCCACCAGAGAGGAGCUGGCGGCCUUCCGGCGCCAGAGCUUGGUGGGCACCAUGCAGGCUGGUGUUCUUGGCAGCUAUGUCCGCCACGGCGACAAGUACUACGAGGCCACGGAGUAUCCCUUCCAGGACUAUCUACAGAUCUUCGGGUGGAUCCUGGGCACCGCAGAGGUGAAGCGUUGCGCGGGGUCAGAGGCGCUCCUGGCGCCUUUCCAGUGGCAGCUGCCGAAGCUCAGGUCGGUACGCAGGCUGUACUUGGGCUCAGACGAUGCCAACGUGUUGCAGGAAGCCCUCUCGAGCUUCAGGAACCUGAUCUACAUGAAUGUCUCGCGGCUUUCAAAGAGGAUGUCCCUGAUGAAGGUGCAGAGAAGGCUGGGCCCGAAGCAGAUGGUCAUGGAGUCCCUUCUCAACCUGCAGCUCCUCAUGGAGUCGGACGCCUUUGUCUGCACCUGGAGCUCCAACUGGUGUCGCUUGGUCGACGAGAUGCGCCUAACCGUUGGGAUGAAGGCCGAGCACCUCUCGCUGGAAGUGAACAAGCACUGCCCUCGCUUCAACUGGGUGCACGGCGGCGGAGCUGACACCCCCGACUUCCGUUAGCCGACCACG